CUUUCUCAGCUCUUAUGGAGUGUAUUGGUCAUCUACUUGAGUUUUAUCCACCCUUUUUGCCUUCUAAAUAGGGUUUCAUGCUUUGAAUUUGACUGUGACGCUUUUCAUUUCCUUCCUUUUCUUGUUCUCUCAAAAGGGUUGCUGUUUUCGGCUGUUUUGGUUUUCUGGGUCAAGGCGUUUCCUCUGUUAUGAUGUGUGUGGUUGUGAUUUUUUUUGGAGGGUGCCCCUCUUCUUCUCUCUAUAGUAUUGACUAUUUGGAUUUUUGAUGGUUUUUCUUCUUAAUAGAUGCACAAAGUUUGGUGGCCUCUGAUCUGAUCCCAGCUUCAUUUCAAACAACAGAAGAGAAUGAAACUGUCAAUGAGUGUUUUGAUUAAAUAACAAAAUAAUUAGUAGAAAAUGGGAGGUUGCUGUUGUUCUGCCAGAAAACCUAAUCUGCAAGGGGCACCAGUGUAUUACUAUUGCCCGCCGACUUUUGAAGAGCGCGAGUCUUUAACCUCUAAUGAUGGCACAAAUGCUUCACUCAAUGCUGGAUUUCUGGUUGGUUUGAACCUGGAAGCAUCUGUGCCUGAUACUUUCCAGCCCCCUCCUGUGCCUCUUCCUUAUGACACGGUUUUGGGAGGUUCUGCAUCAACAACAUAUUCUGAAUCUGGCAGGGAAACAGUUAGUAGUUUUGAAGCUUUAAUUACACGUGAAGAUGUUGAAGAAUCAAAUUGUAAAGCUCAAACCAACUCCAGUCCAACAUCUCCAAGGAAGCAAGAACUAUCAAAACCAAAUGAAAGUAAAGUAUUAUUGGUAGAAGAAGAGGAUGUCUGUCCAAUUUGUCUUGAAGAAUAUGAUGUUGAAAAUCCUAGAGAUUUGACAAAAUGUGAACACCAUUUUCACCUAUCCUGCAUUCUUGAGUGGAUGGAAAGAAGUGACUCCUGUCCUAUAUGUGAUCAGGAGAUGAUAUUUUGACCAGACAAUGAAUUAGUUCGUUUGUUUUAAAAUCAAUGCCUUUAAAUGGAUGGAUGAUAGAUGAAGUUCAUUGGAUGAUGCUUGGUUAGAUGAUGGUAGCUACAGAUUCAUUUUCAAUUCAUGGUGCAAAGACGAAGUCAUUAAUUUAGAAGGUUCAGCCAUGGGGUAUCUGUGAGAAGAAAAAUGAGGUUUUGACAGAAAGAUACACCAUAUAUCAUGUCUCUUCAAAUGCAAUUUCUUUGGUCAGAUUUACCUAUUUCUAGAUCCCAGCAUUCAUGUUCACAGAUCUUUUUCUUGUGUUGAUUUACUGCUUUCCUUUUCUUGUAAAAAUUUCUCACUAUUUGUUUGUGUAUAUAUAUAUCAGAGUGGAUUCUGGGGUUCUGUAUUUUUGCUGUAUUUGCAACCAGUAACUAUAAAGUAUACAAUAAGAUCCUUUUUCUAUUUAGUUUUCUUCA